AGUGUGAGAGUAGUAGUAGUCCAAUGCAAAUCCAAAAAACGGCAUUGAUUUCUGUUGUAAGUUUCAGAACUUUAGCAACAGGUGGAGGGUGUUAUCGAUCACCAUGUUUCCUGUGUCUUUACCAUCCAUCCGUCACUCACUGCUUGGGCAAUCUCUAACCACCACCACCACCCCGCAGCACCAAACCCUAUGCCACAAACUUAACCCUGGUUUGCACCACACCCCCUAUUCACACGCAGCCACAUUAUCAUCGAUCAUAUCAUAAUGUAGCCAGCAGAAAGUGCCAAAUCCAAAACCAACCCAUGAAUCCAAUCCUCACAUUUGGUCACCAAAACUCAUUAACCCAUAUCAUUUAGAUAAAGGGAGAGAGAGAGAGAGAGAGAGAGAGAAAAAGAGAGUGUGUGUGAAUGUGAGUGGGGGGUGGUGUUUCAAUUCAUUUAUGUUAUGGUAAAAGUAAAAGGAAGCAAAGGGAGAGGAUGGGGAGAGGAGUGAAUGCAGGAUGCACAAAUGUCAUAAAAACCAGACCCUUAUAAUCACAAAAAACCUUGCUAAAAAUAGAAAAAAUCCAAAAAAAAAAAGAAGAAGAGAGAGAGAGAGAAUUUGGAUUGAGUUGGGUUGGGGGAAGAGAAGAGUGAAUGAGAGUUCCACCAUUGAUCUCUUAAACACCAAACCCCACACCCAUUUCGUGAGUGCCGAGCGUCGUUCUAUCUAUUUUUUCUCUGCCUACACACACUGAUACUGAGAGAAAGAGAACCAACUACUACAGUCACAGAAAACCAAAAAAACACUGUGUUGUGUGUGUGUCAAAAAAAAAACCCUAAGCUAAUGAUGAUGGAUCAGCGACAGCGAGAGAAGCUGCUUCACAAAACCGAGGCCUGUGCUUUCGUGGCAGGUGUUGUUCCGGAGCUUUCCCUUGUCACCGUUCCAGGGAACAACACCAACAACGUUAACAACAACAACAACGUUGUUUCUCAUUCUCAAUCUAACGGGUCGGGUCGGAUCCAGGAAAACAACCACCACCUUGGACUCGUUGCUGCUGUCACCUCCGCCUUCGGUACCGUUCAAAGGAAGAAAAGGAUGGCGAGACAAAGAAGAUCCACUAAACCCACUUCGUUGAUGAACCAUCUCAACAACCAUAAGCACAACAAGCCUCGUUCUCUUCCUUCUCCCAGUGCAUCCUCCUCGUACGUGGCACUCUCCUCCGCAACUCUCCAGCCCGCACGUGAAAUCGAUCAAAGAAGGUUGAGAUUCCUUUUCCAGAAGGAGUUAAAGAACAGUGAUGUUAGCUCCCUUAGGAGAAUGAUAUUGCCAAAGAAAGCAGCAGAGGCUUUCCUUCCAGCUCUUGAAUCCAAAGAAGGAAUUGUAAUCAGCAUGGAUGAUAUAGAUGGUCUUCAUGUAUGGAGUUUCAAGUACAGGUUUUGGCCUAACAACAACAGUCGGAUGUAUGUACUUGAAAAUACUGGAGAUUUUGUCAACACACAUGGCCUUCGCUUUGGAGAUUCCAUUAUGGUUUACCAAGAUAGUGAAAACAACAAUUAUGUUAUUCAGGCCAAAAAGGCUUCUGAUCAAGAUGAAUUUAUGGAAGAAACUAGUGAUACCAUCAAUGAUAUCUUCCUUAAUGAUUAUGAGGUGAACAAACCUGGUUGCUUCAAUGUAACUAAUCCUGCAGUGAAUGAUACAGGCAUGUCAUUCAUAUAUGAGACUACCUUCUCAAAUGACUCCCCUCUUGACUUUUUGGGUGGAUCAAUGACCAAUUUUUCAAGGAUUGGGCCAGUUGAAACCUUUGGCUCUGUUGAGAAUUUGUCACUUGAUGACUUCUAUUAAAGGCAUCAAAUCACAAAGGAAGCACUAACGUGGUACCAAGACUAGCACUGUUAAGUGUGUGCUUCUUUAUUUUGGUACUAAAGAAACAUAUAAAGUGUGCUUUUUGUUGUUGUUGUCAUGACCAUGAGAGGAUUUGUGUAGAAUAAAAGAGUAGCCAUGCCAGGUGGGCAUGUUUUGUGUUCCUCUCUCUUGAACAAGUGGGACUGCUCUAUGAUGUAUUCCUUAUAUUUUUAAUUUGUUGAACAGCAUCUAUAUAAAUUAUUUUCAAAGUUCAUACAGUAUUAUGCAAGUAAAUCAUUUAGGAGGGAAUUGUUUUGCAUGUGUGGAAUACCAAAGUGAUCAAUAGAAGUGUUUUGUGUGUUCCUUUGCCUUGGAAA